UUGUCUAGAAGAAUUUUUUUAAUAAUACGUCAAUUGUAAUAAUUUGUCAAGAAAAAUAUGAAAAGCAAUGUAAUCAACAGUACUUUGAGUUGUAGCAACUGCAACAGAAAGUACUGCUGUUUGAAUUAUUGAUAACUUUUAUAAAUGAAUAAUGUGUUUAUUAACUUGUCUACACCAGAGAAGAAAUAUAUAGUAUAAUCUAAUUCAUAAUGACCGGGCAAACUUUGAAAAAGUUUCUAUCCAGUUGUUCAAAUUAUUCUUUUGAAUGCUUAUAAAGUUAAGUUAUGGUUUGAAUGUAAAACAAAAAAAGUGAAAUUGACAGAUUCACAAAAUGUUUUAAAAAAGCACUUGAUUACUCCUGUCAUUAUAUGACUAAUUUAAUGUUUAACUUGAACUAAUUAAUGUUUAAUAUUUUUUGCCAUAAUUAUUUUAACAGUUUUUUUUUUCUGACUUAGCGCGAAAAUGUCAGACGAAGUGUGUCUAUAGUGAUGAUGUUUGAAGUCUUUAACUAUUGUUUCAGUUAACAUUGAGGAAAUACCCAGAAUGAAGGAUCCUGAACUUGUAAUCGCCGAGCUACGUGCAGCAACCAAUGUACCAAUAAAGCAGCUUGUACCACCAUCAAUAAAAGUCCUUUCCAACAUGGUAACAGUGGUACAUAAUCCAACCAUCAAAGUUUUUACAGUUUCUGGACCAGAUAGCAAGGCGGAAGUGGUGAAGUUAUUUCCGAAAGAAAGCUGCACAUGUCCUUCAUCAACAAUGUGCUGCCAUAUACUAGCAGUUAAACAUAGCAUUGGUGUUGAGCAUUGUAGUGAAAGGAGACCUCUUAACUUGACUAAUUUGCGACGCAAUUCGUGUAAAAAAGGUGACAAAAAAUCAGGAAGGAAGAAGCCAAGGAAAGGAGAUAUUUCCUUUAUCCCUGCACCAGAUGCAAUUGCCACAACCAAAAAUCUUGAAAUAAAUUGCUUAGAUGAUUUCUUGACAGAAAAUAUUGACCUAAAAGAUAUUGCUAUGGCGACCCCAUUAACUUAAUUUAAAAUGUAAAAUAAUUGUUUUUAAAAUUUUAGAAUUUUAAUAUUUAGUGUAAGUGUUUUUUUAUAACUAAGUUGUAUAUUUUAUUUAAGGGAACAAAAAAAAUUAACAUUAGUCAUUUCAAGUGUUCCAAAGAUAUCUCAACCUGCAGGUUCUUUAGUUUUAUCCGAUUGUUCAUUAUUUAUUAAUUCAAAUGUUACACCAGUAGUUGAUGUUGAUAAUGGAAUGUUUCCAAAUUUAUUUGAAAAUAAUUCUUUACAUUUUGAUAGUAUUGGUAUU